AUGGGGUGCGCCGUGUCGGUGGAGGUGGCCGGCAAGGACGACGCGGGGGGGCAUAGCAACCACGCAGUUUCGCAGAAGCCGACAGGGAAAUCCGUUACAGUGCAAGAAUCGCAAAUGACAGUCACGACGGAGGUCGACGCGCGCCCGACGGACGCGGUCGAGUCGACGGCGACGGAGGGCGCGCGGCCGCUGCGCAAGUUCAAGCUGCGCGAGGUGCGCGACAUGUGCGACGGCUUCUCGUCCAAGUGCCCCGUGCUGGGCGAGGGCUCCUUCGGCAUGGUGUAUCGCGGCAGCGCGGAGCUGGACGGGCGCGCGGUCGACGUGGCGGUGAAGCGGCUCAGCGCGGAGAGCCAGCAGGGCGUCGACGAGUGGCUGGCGGAGGUGCUGGUUUUGGAUCGGCUGCGGCAUGCGAAUCUGGUGGAGCUGGUGGGGUAUUGCAAGGAGAAGGGCGAGUGCCUGCUCGUCUACCACUACUACGCCAACGACAGCGUUGAAUCCGCCCUCUUCAACCGCAAGCGCGCGGGGCAGGAGCCAUUCUCGUGGGAGCGGCGGGUGAGCGUGGCGUGGCAGGCGGCGGAGGCGCUGGCGUAUCUGCACGCCAAUGAUGUCAUCCACCGCGACUUCAAGCCUUCGAAUGUUCUGCUUGAUGCGGACUGGACGGCGAAGCUGAGCGACUUUGGGAUGUGCAAGGAGCAGGAGGCGGGCAAGUCGCACGUGUCCACGCGGGUCAUGGGAACUCUGGGGUACCUCGACCCUGACUACAUGGAAACAGGACUGCUGCGGCAGAGUUCAGACGUGUACGCCUUUGGGGUGUUUCUGCUGGAGCUGAUCACGGGCAAGCGCGCGGUCUCAGACACGGGGCAGCCGCUCACCAGCUGGGUGUUCCCGCUGCUGGACCAGAAGAAGCCCGAGAUCGACCUGCUGAUUGACUCGGCGCUGGAGAGCAGCUUUGACCGCGACAGCGCGCUCAAGAUCGCCGUGAUUGCCAAGUUCUGCAUCGGGGAGGAGGAGCUGCGCCCCGAGAUGACCGCCGUCGCUGAGAGGCUCAAGAAGCUCGUCGCCUCGUGA